AUGUCUGCCUCUCCAACCUCCGCCGUCGCGUCGACAAAACGCCCCCUCGAGGACCCCUCUUCACCAUCGGGACCUACCGAUCAACCAGAUGCCAAACGCCCAGCUCUGGACAAAGUAGUAAAAGGGGAUGACGAAGAAUCUAAGCUGCCACAAGAAGUUGAAAGCACUGCAACAGAAGCAACCAAGGCUGAGGCUGCACCGCAGCCCGCUGGCGCUGCCACCGCCGGAGAAAAUGGUGUGAAGGAUGAACAAGGUGAUUUAGUUGUUCCUGAUGCCCCUAACGCCAACGGCAAGGGCACUGCUGCUCAAAUACUGGAGACUCAGCCGAUUCAAUCCACAGCUUCUCAGAAUGAUAGAGCUUCUUCGCAACCCCCGUCCCAGCAUACUACGCAAGAUGAGAGUGGAUGGAUCCAUAUUCGUGCUGUAAUCUCUAGUGCUGAAGCAGCAACUUGUAUUGGUAAAGGAGGUGAAAAUGUUUCUCAGAUUCGUCGCCUAUCUGGUGCCAAGUGCACCGUUAGUGACUAUUCCCGUGGUGCCGUCGAAAGAAUUUUGACUGUCAGUGGCAUGCAAGAUGCAGUUGCCAAGGCUUUUGGUUUGAUCAUCCGUACACUGAACAAUGAACCCCUAGAGGCACCAUCCACAGCUCAAUCAAAAACCUACCCCCUCCGUCUCCUCAUCCCCCACCUCCUCAUUGGAUCCAUCAUCGGCAAGUCUGGAGUUCGCAUUCGCGAGAUCCAAGAGGCUUCUGGUGCCCGUCUUAAUGCUUCCGAUUCAUGUCUUCCCCUCUCCACUGAACGGACCCUUAUUAUCCUAGGUGUUGCUGACGCAGUUCACAUCGCAACCUAUUACGUUGCUGUUACUUUGGUAGAACAACUGACUGAAAGGUUUGGCGGGCCUGCAGCUUCCGCUUACGCAACUCGUAGCGGUGGACCUGCCGGUGUCGUCCCAGGAGGUAUGCAGGUAGUUCCGUACAUACCCCAACCCGCUGGUGGACAGUAUGGCCACCCAGAUACCUUCAAGAGACAUCAACCCCAGGGAACCCGCGCCGUAUCUACCGGUGGAUAUGGCGUGCCGUACGUCCACGGCCAACCCGGCCAACCCCAAAUGCCCCAGCAAGCACUCCACUACGGUGCAUCCUCCCGUCCCGGCUACACAGGAGCUGGCCCCCACCAGCCAUCGCCAUACGGCGCACCUCAACCGGGCCAAGUCCAUGGUGCACCUAGCUCUCAGCCAGUUGGAGGUGUGGUUCCAGGAGCACCGGUGACACAGCAGAUUUUCAUCCCCAAUGAUAUGGUGGGUGCGAUCAUUGGUAAGGGAGGGGCUAAGAUCAAUGAGAUACGCCAUCUUAGCGGGAGUGUGAUCAAGAUCAAUGAGCCUCAGGAUAACAGCAAUGAACGUCUCGUCACCAUUACAGGAACACCCGAGUGUAACCAGAUGGCUCUGUAUAUGCUUUAUUCAAGACUAGAGAGUGAGAAACAUCGUAUUUAG